AUGUCCUCUUCACCUGGCGAGCCCCCAGAGGCUGGUUACCAACCCAUGCGUCCGCGAGUAUCGGCUUCGGCCCGCGUCCUAACAGCUUUCUUCUCCCAAGCACUCACCUCGUUCAAAGCCACCUCCUCGAAGCUCGAAGUUAUCUGCACAGUAUCACGGCAACCUGUCGGUACAAGCCAGAAGGAUGACCAACCUGCAAUCCCAAGCCCUCUCCCCCCUCGGGCUAGACCACGCACCCUGAUUAUCCUCGAUUCGUCCUUCAACCCUCCAACACGGGCUCACCUGCGGAUGGCCACAUCCGCUAUUCUCUCUGAGGGCCGGCCACCAACAACCACGAACCACAACGUGGAAAAUGCCGUGGAUGUAGGCGGCAGAGCCGAGACAACUAGGCUGCUAUUGUUGCUCUCAGUCAACAACGCUGACAAAGCGCCCAAACCUGCCCCUUUUCAUCAACGCCUUGGAUUGAUGUGGGCCUUUGCACAAGAUGUCCAGGCCUGGCUACAGCAGCAAGCCAACACAGCAAUCGAUGUCGACAUUGGGCUAUCAACCUUGCCAUUCUUCCACGAGAAGAGCGAGGCGAUUGACCAGGUCGGGUUUUACCAACGGGGUGCACCAGAGGUCAAGAUGGGGCAGGUCAUGUUGGUGGGCUAUGACACGUUGAUACGGGUGUUCAAUCCAAAAUAUUACGGCCCGGUGGCAGCCCCUCCGCCUGGUACGCCGCUGGACACGAGUGUGCCGACAGCAGUGGAGAACAAGCAAGAGAAGCCCAGGACGCCUAUGCAAAAGGCUCUUGGGCCAUUGUUUCAAAGGGCGAGGCUGAGGGUGACAAUGCGGACCGAUGAUGAGUGGGGUGGGAAGGACGAGCAGCUGAAGUAUCUGCAAGACCUGGUACAGGGUGAUGACGGGGAAGAGGGGGGAGGUCAUGGACUGGGCAGGAUAGGCGGGAGCAAGGAAUGGGCGGAGAGGAUCGAGAUGGUCGAGGGAAGAGAGGCGGGGACUGAGGUGGUCAGUAGUACCUAUGCACGGGAUGCUGCCAGGGAGGGCAACAGGGAGAGGUUGGAUAAGAUGGUUAGUGACGGAGUAAAGUGGUGGAUUGAAGCGGAGGGCGUGUAUCGGGAAUAA